UUAGUUCGUGAUUCCACAUACGGCUUCGCACGCACCAUUAGAACUGCGUAAUAUUUUGAAGUGUACACACCUCUGCAAAUUGCUGAGUAAAAGAAAUGGAUCAGAAACAUGAAAAUCCACCUCCCUAUUCGGAAGCGCAAGGACCACCACCACCACCUGGUUUUGUACAAACCCAACAGCCUUACCCUUAUCCUACUCAGCCUCAAUCAUCGUACCCUUAUCCUAACCAGCAAACUUAUUCCAAUCCAUAUCCCCCAAGCUACAGCAAUCCAACUGUGAUCAAUGUCGUUCCGACAAAUCAAACUCGCCAUCAAGUUCUUGUCGUAGGCGGAUGUCCAAGCUGCAGGGUUGGUGUCCUGGAUGAGAGGCCUACCUGUGCUGGUAUCUGUUGCUGCAUUCUAUUCUUCCCUAUCGGUCUCAUUUGUUUAUUCACCAUGAGGCAAAAGGUCUGCAUCAACUGCGGCGCUCAAUUUCACUAAAGGAAUUUCGAAUACCCUGCGCAUCAAGGUUUUUCUGUAGAUAGAAAAUUUGACCAUUUUGGGGUUCCUUUAAAAAUUUCGAAAAUACAAUUCUAAAUCGAUUAUC